ACUGCCGCCUGCCACGCGUUUGUUGUGUGUUGAUUUUCAGGGUUGACUGUGUUGAUAACAGCUGAUCAUUGAUUGGUUAUGUUGGCUUUACAUAUCUACAGUGUCGUUCACAUUAAUAUAAUCACAUCAUCCGCAAAAAGCUCUUUUUAUGUAUAUAAACCUGAUUGUCAGUAAAGCGCGAUAUUUUUUACCGUUUUUUUCACUUUAAUUAGUGAACACUUGCUGUCAGACAAUUUUAAAACAUCGCACAAUUCGAAAUACAGAUGUGAAAAAACGCGUAUUUGGUGUGAACUAUCAAGUCGGGCUUAAUGUUUAGUUCACGAACAUUCGAAACAGUUUUGCCGUUUGAUAUUAUACAUUUUGUUUGUCAUUAAUGAUUCUGAAGCGAAUUUUGCAAUUUAAUCUUAAAAAUGGACAUUGUCUGCGACGCAGAGCGCACAAUUAUGCCACGAUUUACGAAUCAAACGAUUCUAAGAAUGUCGGCAAAAAAGCCAAAGUACAGGGAUGGGUGAAAGCGUUGCGAAAAAUGAAAGAUAACAUCUUUCUUGAUUUAAAUGAUGGCACAUCUAGUCAACCACUCCAAGUAGUCUUAAAGAAAGGCAUGAAACCAGAAAACUUGAGUUAUGGCUGUAGUAUGACAGUUGAGGGUGAAAUUACAGUAGCUCCAAAUGGUAGGGCAGAACUGCAAGUUGAUAAAAUCGAUAUUAUAGGAAAGUGUGAUCUGGAAGGCUAUCCAUUUUUACCAAGGAAACAAUACUCUGAAGACUAUAUUCGCCGAUAUCUACACCUCAGACCCAGAACCAAAGCUUUCUCCAGUACUAUGCGUUUACGAGACUUGGCAACAAAUGCCAUUAGAGAUCAUUUUAGAGACAGAGGUUUUAUCAAUAUACACACUCCUAUUCUAACUUCAAAUGACUGUGAAGGUGCUGGGGAAGUCUUUAUAAUACAGCCAAAUUCCCAAGAACUUGUCCAAGCAAUGAAAACUGAAGGAGUGGAUGUUGAAUCUACAUAUUUCAAUUCAAAGGCUUUUCUGACAGUAUCUGGUCAAUUGCAUUUAGAAGCUUGUGCAAGAGCACUUUCAAAGGUCUACAAUUUUAGUCCAGCCUUUCGAGCAGAAAAUACAAAAUCUAGACUUCAUUUAUCAGAAUUUUACAUGAUUGAAGCAGAAAUGGCUUUCAUUGCAUCCCUGAAAGAUCUUGCUACAGAAGCUGAACUUUUAGUAAAGUCUGUCACAUUUAGUCUUAUUGAAAAAGGUAGUUCAGAUCUUCAAGUACUAGAAGCUCCAGAGCCAACUUGGUUGAACAAAGAUUUUGGUUACAUUACAUACACUGAAGCUCUAGAUAUUUUAGAUAAAAAUUCUGAUAGACUAACUUUUCCAAUUAAACCUGGAGAAGGACUUGCAAAAGAACACGAAUUGUUCCUAGUUCAUCAUCUAGGUGAUGUUCCCGUUUUUGUAACUGAAUGGCCAGUAAACAGUAAACCUUUUUAUAUGAAAGAGUGCGAGGAUGACAAAUCAAAGGUUCAAGCUAUGGACCUGUUGGCCCCAACAGUUGGUGAACUGAUUGGAGGAAGUGUGAGGGAAGAUAAUUAUUCCAAGCUAAAAUCUAAAAUACCACCUGGAUUAAACCUUGACUGGUACUUAGAGCUUAGAAAAUUCGGUAACGUUCCCACUGCAGGCUUUGGAAUGGGAUUCGAAAGAUAUUUACAGCUAAUUUCAGGUGUACCAAAUAUCAAAGACGUCAUUCCUUUUCCUAGAUGGCCACACAAUUGUAGUUUAUAAAUCAAUUCUAUUUGUAUAUAUAAAUUGUGUAUUAGAAUGCAGUUGUUACGUUAUUUUUAUAGAUAAGUUUUUUAAAGUUUUUUGUAACAAAUAAUAAAGUGAUUAUUUGAUUCAAA